AUGCCGCUCUCUUCAAAACUCGAGAAAAAGCUACGGGCUGCAGAAGAAAGCUCCGACGAUGAAGAAUAUUACGAGGUCACCGACCGGUCCUCGUCGCCGUCUAUUAUUGAGACAGGUGAAGGCGGGGAAUUGCUAGACUCAGAGGAGGAAGAUGAGGGCGACGAAGAUGAUCUUGAAGACGAGGAAAUGUCAGACAACGCAGAAGAAGUCGCGAAGGCACAAAUGAGCAAAGUCUCGUUUGGCGCAUUGGCAAAAGCCCAAGACGCCAUCUCCAAGCAACAUUCCGUAGACCGGAAGCGCAAGCGUGGAGACGAAUCCUCGAAAUCGCAAGACGACAAGCUACAAGCUUUGAGGGAGCGAUUGGCGGAAAUCAAGGCGGCAAAGCUUGCGCAAGGUGGCACUUCUCAGCCAAAAUCGAAAGCCCGGAAGACACAGCAAAAACAGCACACCAGGGACGACGAUGGAGAGGAAGAUGACAGCGACGAUAGUGGCUCCGACUCCGAUACAGCACCCCGCGCGCGAUCCAGCAAGCACGCCCCAGCUGUGCAAACGAGCAAAAAGGCAGUCUCAAGGAAGCGCCAGGUUGUCGAUGCGAAGAAGCCCAAGUUCCGCGACCCCCGUUUCGAUAUCGGCCCACAGCCAGAUGACAACACCCUCCACAAGCGAUAUGCCUUCCUGAACGACUACAAAAUCUCCGAGAUGAACGAGUUGCGGGACGCUAUCAAGAAGACGAAGAAUGAGGCAGACAAGGAGAAGCUCAAGAAGAAGCUUACGUCGAUGGAGUCGCAGCAGAAAGCCCAACGCAACAAGGACCAGCAGCAGGACGUACUGCGGGAGCACAAGAAGAAGGAGAGAGAGCUGGUCAAGCAAGGAAAGACGCCGUUCUUCUUGAAGAAGUCCGAACAAAAGAAGCUCGCCUUGGUCGACCGCUUCCAAAAUAUGAAGUCCAAGGACCGCGACCGGGCGAUCGAGCGCCGCCGCAAGAAGGCGACAGCGAAGGAGCGCAAAAACAUGCCCGCGGAGAGGCGUGGAGUCUAG